AUGCCGGACGACAUGUCUAUAAUCCCUUACAAUGGAAAUCUUGACGUUGUGCUCCGACAUAACGACUCAGUGGUCGUCUAUGAUCAUGAUUCUCAACAGCUAGUGCUCCGCAAUGCGGCCGACACGCGUGAAGAUGAUGUCGAGCUUGCAAACUGCCCUCUGUGCCACCGACCCAUACGGGAUAGCAGUAGAAAUCGAGAACAUGCGCCUACAGAGCCCGAAGGCGAAUUUAUCAACCCGAAUUACUUCCGCAUGCUCGAUAAUAGCAUACCAAGCUCCCAAAGCUCAUCAACCCCUCCUUCCCCGCAUUAUCGUCUUGUUCAACCUGCUCUUCCAGAUGGGUCAGCCAGGAUCGGACCUACGAGCGCUCCCACUCACGAGUCUCAUUCACCAACUUCCCAAGGAAUCUCAGCCGCUGCAUUCAGUCAAGACUAUUUCAAGAAGUUCUUUGUGGAGGAAAAGGUGUUAGGGAAGGGAGGAAAAGGUGUCGUGCUACUUGUCAAGCAUGUCCUGGAUGGAGUGUCCCUCGGACAAUAUGCCUGCAAGCGCGUCCCUGUUGGCGAUGAUCAUGAAUGGUUAGAGAAAGUACUAGGUGAAGUUCAACUGCUGCAGCAUCUUUCAAACCAAAAUCUGGUCUCAUAUCGCCAUGUCUGGUUGGAGAAUGCUAAAAUAAAUGUCUUCGGUCCAAGCGUGCCAUGCGCUUUUAUUCUACAAGAGUAUUGCAACUCCGGUGACCUUCAUAAUUACAUAUGUGGCUCGGUUCAGACAUCAACCACCGCCCAGCAGCUGAAAGCGCGCCUCCGACGAAAAUCAAAGGGUGAACCAGACCCAAAUCCUGCAGGGCUUCGUAUGCUACAGCUGGAUCAGAUUUAUUCAUUCUUCCGAGAUAUCACGUCUGGCUUGCGCCAUUUACAUACCAAUGGAUACAUCCAUCGUGAUUUGAAACCACAAAAUUGUCUUCUCCAUGAAACAGCAGAUGGUAUGCGAGUCUUGGUGAGUGAUUUUGGUGAAGUUCAAACGCAGAAUGCGAUGCGCAAGUCGACUGGUGCAACAGGGACAUUGUCAUAUUGUGCACCUGAGGUUCUCCGGCGGGAAUACCCAGAUGGGCCAUUCGGUAAUUUUACCUUCAAGUCCGACAUCUUCUCCCUGGGUAUGAUUCUCUACUUUCUCUGCUUUGCCGAACUCCCAUAUGCAAAUGCAGAUAUCAUCAACGAGGAGAAAGAAGACUUGGAUCAACUCCGCAAGGAGAUCACCAGUUGGGCUGGUUUCGAUCAAGUUAGGAGGAAACGCCCUGAUCUACCGGAGAAGCUAUACACCUUCCUGGAAAGACUUCUUGCUGUGGACCCCGACAGACGGCCAACUGCCGAUGAGGUCUUGAGUGGUAUCCAAGUUGGAGUCAAUGCCAAUGAGUUUCGCUUCAAAAGGAACAGCUCAGCCAGUCCCGACUUGCCAACCGGUGCAAGAAUCAGCCGGAUCGAUAGCCCCCAGCCCUCUAUGGAUAGGGCUCUUUCGCCCACUAAGAAAAUACCUCGUAACAAACCCGUAGCUUUCCGCCGGGACUCAAUGUUCGACUCAACCGAGCUUGCGACCAGUCAGACUCCUGGACCAGAAGGCAUAGAGGAGCGGUCACCUUUCAGUCCCGAUCACAACAUCGUCAUUCGCCCCAGAUAUUCUACCUCACCACCCAUCUCUCCCACUCAACACAGCCAUGACGAAUCCAUUCACAAUCAUCAAACGCAACAAUUGCCUCGGCGACAACUACUUCCUCCGCCUCCCAGCAGGUUCCCUUCCCUGGAUCUCAUUACAUCUUAUAUAUCAUCGCCAGGGCUACAGUUCUCUAUAUUUCUCGUUAAAGUGGCUUCUGUCCUCCACCCGUGCUCACCCCUCUCCCCCAAGCCUUGGAUUCUCUACCCCCUUCUCCUACUCGCUGCUUUGACUCUUGGUGCACACGAUCAUCGAGUACAAGCUUUAGCUACCGUAGCGCAUAUGCUGGUUGUCGGUGUGGGUAUGCGUCUUGGCGUCCUUUGUACCUGGCCUGCAGAGUCAACUCUUGGCCUCUGA